ACUACAUCCCCUUCGCAAGAGAAGGACCUCUAUCCGCCUACGAAAUCCAAUACGAUCCAAUAUAAUUCAAUUGUCCUUGAAACGAGCCUAGAAACUCUUGAGAGGGCUUCGAAUUCGAUCCUCUGCACCUAUUAUCGCCUUUUUUCAUUAUUUAUAAAUAUUGUCUAUAUAGGUGAUCCUGUUUCUUACGUAAAUCCGUCAUCGUCAUCAUGGCCGCCGAUGACAGCCCCUCCAAGCAGAAUUCGGGUCGACCGCAAUUGUCUUCGAUGCGAACUAGUUCCUACCUCAAAGAACACCAGCAGUAUCGACCACCCAAACAUCUGGAUAGCCAUUUUGGCAUUGAUACCGUCGUCGAAGAUCUUCAAGGGUCUAGAAUAUCCCCUCCUAAGUCCUUUAGCCCGUUUAAUGGCGUGCCCUCCAAGGACGAGCCGCCACGCAUCCUCGAAGGUGCUAAUCACGACUUCACCCAUCCUAACUGCGCCCCGACCCGAGGUACCAGAUCGGAUCGACUUGUGGCUACCUUGAUAUACAAGUCCACGUCGCCUCGUGCGCCUAAUGUGGUUCCCUCCCCGCGGUUCCCCUCCUCCAAUUCCGAUAUCCCCGCCAACCUCGCUCCAACGACUAAUAUUGAGUCAUUUCCCUUGGAACCUCCGGUUGCUGCUGAACCCGAGCCUCUUGACCACCUUUACGGUUCUUACAUAUCCCCGUUGUGCAUCACAUCCUUUCUCCAUCUGAUGUCCACGUUUCCUCUGCCUAGGGGCGUUGAAGAAAUCACCUCCUCUCAUCGUUGUCUCGACGAUCCGGAGCACCCUCUUAUUGUCGAGUUGUCAUUGUCCCCUGCACCAUCCCCAAGCUAUCUGUCGCUGACUGAUCUCCGGAAACAUGAGCUCAUCUAUCGAUUUGAGCGAGAAUGGAACGUUGACGUCGCGCUGCAACGGGACACCCUGUGGAGGCGAUAUCCACGUCUAGUCGUUUUCGACAUGGAUAGCACGUUGAUCACGCAAGAGGUGAUUGAUCUACUCGCCGCGACCAUCACAGAUCCCCCGGACCUGGCCGCCAAAGUUGCGGAUAUCACACACCGGGCAAUGCUAGGGGAGCUGGAGUUCGACGCCGCAUUUCGGGAACGGGUUGCCCUACUCAAGGGACUCCCGGCCACAAUUUUUGAGCAGUUGCGGCCCGUCCUGAAUGUGACAAAAGGGGUCCCCGAAUUAUUAAAAGCGUUUAAGAGGUUGGGUAUCAAAACCGCCGUGCUGUCUGGAGGCUUCUUGCCACUGACGCGUUGGCUCGCUAAUGAACUGGGAAUUGAAUACUCACACGCGAACGAGGUUAUAAUUGAUGACUCCGGACGCCUGACAGGCGAGGUGAAAGGACGCGUCGUAGGUAGAGAGCGAAAGCAGGAACUUCUCCUCGAGAUUGCCAAGAAAGAAGGAAUCGCACUCGAGCAAGUCGUGGCCGUUGGCGAUGGCGCCAAUGAUCUAUUGAUGCUGGACACGGCGGGCUUGGGCGUAGCAUGGAACGCAAAACCGAGAGUGCAGCUAGAGGCUGGCGCACGGCUCAAUGGCGAGACCCUGGUCGACUUACUAUAUUUGUUUGGUCUCACGAGCGAAGAGGUGGAUCUGCUGACGACGUGAGCCUGGAAGGAGGUAGGUACGUCUACUGAAUGCUGUGUCGUAAAUGUGUGGCUUUCGCCUGUCUUGAUACUUCCAACAUCUGGAUUGUGGAGAAGCAAUCCGCAAAAUUGUGACUUCCCAAUACCUUGGUUAUGAUGGACGACGUAUGGCUUGAGAAAGUUUCCGUUUAGAGGGUUCUCGGUCUCACCGCACUAGGUUAUCGUUUGCGAUGGCAAUGCAGGUCUAUUACUAGCACAGCUAUUCUAGCUCUAAUGGCCGAAUGAUAUGGUAUGAUACGGAA